AGCUUAUCGCAUCUCGCUCGUUUCUUUUUCUCGAUAGCCAGUUCGAAGGAAGAAUCCAGAUCCAUUUUCCCAUCGACACCAACUUUUCCUCCUCGAUCGAUUCGUGUAUACCUCUCUAGGUGAAACGCGGCGGCUUGCGACACCUUCUCUCCUGAUCACGAAGCCCACUCCGCUGCUCCUUCUCACAAAGCGUCUCAGCUACGUGCUUCACUCGGCGCUCAACGCACAUCAUCAACCAUGUCACAGGCUCAGAUCCAACCGUGUAGGUACAAGACUGGCAAGACUCUCGGCGCUGGAUCAUACAGUGUCGUCAAGGAGUGUGUGCACAUCGACACUGGUCGCUACUAUGCCGCCAAGGUCAUCAACAAGCGCCUGAUGGCCGGCCGUGAGCACAUGGUGCGCAACGAGAUCGCCGUCUUGAAGCGCGUGUCAAUGGGCCAUCAGAACAUCCUGACUCUGGUCGACUAUUUCGAGACCAUGAACAACCUCUACCUGGUCACCGACUUGGCCCUCGGCGGAGAGCUGUUCGACCGUAUCUGUCGCAAGGGUUCCUACUACGAGAGUGAUGCCGCCGAUCUCAUCCGUGCCACCCUUUCUGCCGUCGCAUACCUCCACGACCACGGCAUCGUACAUCGCGACCUCAAGCCCGAAAACUUGCUGUUCCGCACCCCCGAAGACAAUGCCGACUUGAUGAUUGCCGACUUUGGUCUGUCCCGUAUUAUGGACGAGGAACAAUUCCACGUCUUGACAACAACAUGCGGCACUCCCGGAUACAUGGCGCCCGAGAUCUUCAACAAGAGCGGUCACGGCAAGCCUGUCGACGUCUGGGCCAUCGGUGUCAUUACCUACUUCCUCCUCUGCGGUUACACCCCCUUCGACCGCGACAGCAACCUCGAAGAGAUGCAGGCCAUCCUCGUCGCUGAUUACUCCUUCACUCCCCUCGAAUACUGGCGCGGUGUGUCGCUAUCCGCCAGAGCCUUCAUCAAGCGCUGCUUGACCAUCGACCCAACAAAACGCAUGACGUCGCACGAGGCCUUGAGCCAUGAAUGGAUCGCUGGUCCCGCACAAGGAAGAGGCAACGAGGAUCUGUUGCCCACAGUCAAGAAGAAUUUCAACGCCAGAAGAACACUACACAAGGCUAUCGACACCGUUCGCGCCAUCAACCAACUCCGAGCUGGAGGUGGCAUGGGUAUCAUGGAUGGUGCUCAGUCUCAGCGUCCUGAACGUGUCGAUACUGCCGCGCCCAGAGACAAGGACGGCGACGUCAACAUGGACUCAAAGGCAAAUGGUCAAACUGCCACUGCCGCCUGAUGAUAUGAUUUGCUUCUUUGUGCAUCGAGCAUCGAGCAUCACUCUUUUUUUCUGGCUCAUAGCGAUUCCUCUGCUUCCAUUCGGGACUAGCAGACCGUGGAUAUUUAUCUGUAUACCCCUCCACAUCUGCAGACAGCAUGCGACUUUUCUUCUAUCAUUUAUAUCAUACGGCCAGUUAU